AUGCUUAUCGAUACUACUCAUUAGGAUAUUAUUCAUGAUAUAGCUUUUAAUUUUGACGGAAAUCGAUUUGCAACAGCUUCCAGCGAUCAAACAAUGAGAGUUUACAAUAAAGUAAAUGGGUAACGAAAUAUAUUUAAUGAAUUUAAUAGGAAAUGGGAAAAGAGUGCUGAAUGUAAAUGUCAUGAUGGUCCAAUUUGGAAGAUUAGAUGGGCUGAUCCAAAAUUUGGAUAAUUGAUAGCUACUUGUAGUUAAGACAAAGGUGUUUGUGUUUGGGAAGAAAAGAAAUUCUUACAAGAAAAUCCAUCAGGAUAGAAAUAAAUAAUUAUAUAAUGGAAACAGAGAAUAUUAAUUUUAGAGAGCAAGGAAGCAGUGGCUGACAUAUAAUUUGGUUCAAAAUCGAAUGGCUUAUUAUUGGCUAUAGCAUAUGUUGAUGGGAAAUUACAAAUUCAUAGAGUUUAUGAGCAGAAUUAAUUCAUCAAGGAAGGUGAAGACAUUUAGAUAAUGAUCUAUGGGUUAAGAGCAAUAUCAUGGAAUCAUGCUCCGUUGGAAAGAGAGAUGUUAGUAGCCGCAGGUAAUGCAGAACAAUAAAAGUAUUUAAGUAAAAUAAAAAUGGACCAUUUUAAUGAAGUAAAAACUAUGGCAAUUUGGAUGUUGGAAUAUGAGAAUUAAAAAUUCGGAAUGAAGAAGAUUUAUGAAUUUGAUGAAGAGAAAACUAUAAAUGAUGUUCAAUGGGCAAAUCAAAAUGGGAAGAGCUUUCAUUUAAUUGCAUCUGCUAGCGCUGAAGGAGUUAAAAUAUGGUAGAUUAAGAUAAUCAAAGAGAGUCAAGUUGAAAAAAUGAAAGUUUUUAAUAUCAAUCGAGAAACUAAACCGAAUUAUCAUGCUUAUCGAGUCUCUUGGAAUAUUUUGGCUAAUCUUUUAGCAGUAUCUUGUGAAAGCAAAAAGAUGGAUGAAAACUAAGCCUUUGUUACUUCUAGAGAAGUUAGAAUUUAUUAAAACUAAAAUGGGAGCUGGGUUGCAAAAGGUAUCAUAUAGGAAGCCAAUUUUAUAAGAGACAGUAUUUCACUGCAGCAUUUUACAACUAAUGGAUUAAUUUCUUGA